UUGCCUCGCAUGGUCCCCGAGUUCCCGACCGUUUUUAACAUCCAUAUCUACCCGGAACUCUCACCUCGUAGAGAAGAUUGUUCAGCUUGUAUUCCAUAUAGAACCUCUGGGAUGAAAAGAGGUGCUGAUACAAAAUGAACACAAUCAAAUCAACCUGGUACGGCUGGGGAGUGCUUUGCGUCGCUGGCGGAGGCGCAUACUACUUCGCGAAGAAAUCCAUCAAUGCCGACAGAGCUGCGCGUCAUGAGGAGGAGAUGAAGAGAAAGUCUAUUCAACGUCGCCUAGAACAACAGGCUUACUCCUCCAAUACCGCUUCUUCUACAAAGACCAAGAAGGUGAAGGAACAGACGGACCCCAACAGUGGCACACACAAUACAAAAGGACUGGAUCACGCAGGAAGCCCAAGCAGCGAAAUUAGUGAGGAUGCGGCUCCGGUUGGCCACGCGCCCGUGGAUAAUGAUCAGCGAGUGCGAGAAAGGAGCAAGUACGAAGCCGCAGAACCAUACCGCAGCAAGAAGGGUGACCGGUUCAGUUGAAUUUGGCAGUUGCCUGGGAUUCAGAAAAACUAUACAGCUUCAAGGUAUUCUCUGAUGCUGGCAAUGGGAAAGCCCAUCAUUCUGUACAACCAUCGUCCGCGGAUCCCUAAGUCCAGGACCGUGCAUGCAAUGUACCAUGCUCCAAAUGCACUUCAAAUCUUCAAAACGCCUGUGUGUGCUGCGCUGAUCCUUCCGUUGCAAACCAGUGCCCGUGUUCCCAGCCCAAUGCAUAACGCCCCGUCAAGUCUUGUGUGGUCAAUAUAAUUUAUUGUCCGUCCAUCUUAGGCGUGGCAGCACAGAGGUGCAUAUUGCUUCUUCGAUGCAUUCGGAUGCCCAGAUGCUCUUUCUCGCUUAGAUUCAAUUGCCGGCGGGACAAAAGGUAGAACGACGGCCGAGGUAAUCAAAGUGCCUGCAACGGCUGAUUGAAGUCGCGUUGCCUGUCUGGGUGCCUGUGCAGAGAAAUGGCGGAUGGCGUUUUGUGAGAAAGAGUGUGUAGCGGCACUGGCGAGACUCAUGGUGGCAGCUUUAAUGUUUUGUAAAAACGAGGCUAUGGUGUUCGCUAUACUUUGGUACGAGUUCGCGGGGUGUGAGGGCUGAUGGAGUGCGAGUGCGUGAGAUAAUGAGAGGGUCUGCUAAAGUAGGUACUUUAAGUUAUGAGAAGGACGUCUUCGACGAGAAAAGUACUGUUUGUAAGGGACUGGUGCCGCCUUUGUGGUCGUGGAAUGUAGAGAUCAACAAACGAGGACCUUGUGGUUGUUGGGCAUCGAGUCACCUGAGGGGAACACUUGAAGUACGUGGGAUUUGGAGAAAUUGCGUGCUUCCGAAAGGCAUACGCGCAGGGGACUGGCAGGCUGAUAUAUCAGGUAAGGGUCUGGAUGCGGUGGCCUGAGAUGCCCAAAUUUCCCGGUAGCAUCGCUGCCGAAGAUCAGACAACUUGGGCGGGGGAGUAGUACCUUAGUACGCCGUUAUAUUCUAGUUGUACAGGAUUCGAAUUGAUCAU